AUGGCUGUGAAGGCAAUCGGAUGCGGGACGUUUGUUGUACUUAGUUGUGGAUAUUGUGGAUUCAAAUUUGCUGCUAUGAUAUUGCCCAGUCUUGUAGCUUGCGAUGCACUACGUGAAGAGGCUAUUGUGGAGAGGAGCAAAGAAAACAUCAGGAAGGAAGAUGAGCUGAACAAAUGGCUGGAGACGAGAGUUAAUAAGUUGUCUAGUUGA